AUGUGUCUUUCACCUGAGGAGUUCUUGAGCUUUGACCAGAGUCUACUGCUGAUUUCCUGGCCUUCCUGUUGUGCUUACCGACUAUCACAACGCAAGAAGGAUGGCCGCAAGAAAGUAAAAGCGUCCGGGGAGAAAUGGGCAGCACGACUGCUCCAAGCCUGUGCGCUUCUGAGUUCAGGGAGUAUGCUGGCAAGACAUUUCUUGGAGCUUCCCUUGAAUGCUACUGCGGUGCUCCCCUGGGCCUCGCUCAUGUCCUUGGCAUACAUGACGGUCCCAGUUCCCGAGAUGCCUUUGGACGAUUUCGUCCCAUGGUGGUCACUGUUUGUGAUUCUAGUGGCAAAAGUUGUUGGUACCGAAGAGAUGCGUACAGCACUUGGUCUUCAAGCAGGGCGCCUUGAUGGGGGCCCUUUGGCAUGGUCGAUCUUGUGUGCGAUCAUCUCCACCUUUGCGUUGGUUGGAUGGUCUUGCUAUGUACGAGGUGACCACGGACCAAUACAAAACGCAUUGGCACCAUUGAUGUCUCCGGUUACCGUGUUCCCCUUUGCAGUGCUCAACGCGCUGCGAGAGGAGCUGCAGUUCCGCAUGGUCUUCUUGGGCGCCUUGAUUGCUGGUGAAGCCUCCAAGUGCAUUCCCUUGAUGGCCUAUCAAAUGGCAGUGCACUCGGGCUAUUUCGCCUUGUUGCAUUUCUUAGGCGGCUUCCCCACUGGCAAAAGCGGUUUCGCUUUGGUCUUCACUUGGUCCCUCUUUUUGGAUCUCCUGCGAGUCUGGAGUGGUGGGAUGGCCUUCGUCUUCUUGUUGCACGUGCAGGCGGAUGUGGCGAUCUUCGUGCUGGUUUGGUUGGAAGAUCAACGGCGCAAGGCGCGUGCGGAGUUGUGA